AUGAAAGGCUUAUUCACCCCCGAAGAAAUGCAAGCCGAUAACGUUAAGGAAAAAGAAGCUAAAGUUCAGUUCUUGAAAAAAGUUCUCGAGUUUCUUGCUGUUGUACACACUCGUGUGCCUCCUAUUCGUAUAUCCAGUAUAAUUGCCGGUAAAGAAGCUGAUAAGACAAAUUUGCUACUUCAGCUCCUUGCCGAAGCAAUAAAUAACGCUGAAUGUGUCGCAAAAGUCCUUUCAAAUACUUCCGGAGGUACCGAGCCUCCAGUGAGUACUGAAGGUGAUAAGAAAAUAGAAAACGGUACAUCCUCUAAGAAGGCUGUGGCUAAUGAAGGCUCGAAGCGACAAUUCGAUGUUGAACGCCGAAAUGAACGACCGAAACAUUCUGGUGAAGAAACGCGAAAGGUGGAUAAAGAUGACAUACAAUCGAAGCAUGCUGAUAAAUCGAAAUCUAAGAAGAAAAAUGAAGCCGAGGAAACCAAGAGGAUGGAAGAACCCGGCGAACGCACAGGGGCAGCAUCCAGUGCGAGCCAGCAGACGAGAUCGCAACCCCGGUCUCCAGCUUCCCGAAGAGAUACCCCCAGCGCCAAACGUGAGAAUUCACCACAAGUGAAGGUGACCCCCGCGGAGGAGUCCGCUGCGGGUCAAAAGAUAUUGAGGCCGCCUUCAGCGACUGGAAAGCGAAAGCCCCUUGAAGCACGUCAAUCGCCAAUGCAGGAACAGCCCGAAUUGCAAAAGAAACCCUCACCAGUCGAACAAAGAAAUGGCACCAAAGAUCUCCCACCGCCAGACAAUACGGAUGCAAAUGUCGUGGAAGGCGCGCCGUCUGCUCCGCCAAUUUCUGGACUAUUAACGGAAAAUCAGGUGGAUUCGGAUGAUGAUGACGAUUUCAUUAUCGAGGAGAGUGCCAGUGGCGUACAGAUGGCCAAGGGUGGUCUCGGUCUUGGAGACGAAAUGCUCGAUGAAGAUAAACAACAUGGUCAGUUCCUAGGCGAUUAA